AUGGACGCCUUCUUCAGCUCCGCGCGGGAGGCGGACGCCUUGCAGUCGGUGGACUUCGACGCCCUGCGGGACGCCGUCGCCGCGGCGCACACGUCGGAGGAGGGGCGGGAGACGCUCGCCGCGCUGAUGGACGCCUACUACGCCGCCGACCGCCCGCACGCGGUGUACCAGUGGGCCAUUAUGCGGGCCAUUGGCUGCUGCCUGCGCCAGGCCGGCCCGCCCUCGGACGGCAGCGACGGUGGGCGGCGUCGCUGGGAGCUGACGGCGGACGAUUACAUUCUGCUCGCGCUUUUUUUCAACGAGUUGUCCACGGUGGACGACACGCGGCUCUUUUCGCUCCUCACUGAGGCCGUGACGCUGCUCUUCGAGCAGACCGUCCCCCUCGUCUACGGGGCCGCCGGCUGCGACGCGGCGGUGGAGGCGGCAACGGCGGACUCGCUUUGCAGCGAGCUGCAGACGCUGCGGGUGGUGAUGGCCAAGCGCCUCACGGCACCUCCCGCAGAGCCGGGCGCGGGCGAGGGUGGCACAGGCAUGCAGCUGGGCAUCCUCGACUGCCUGCGUGCGUUGCUGCUGUCACUCACGCAGGCUGCGUCAACGCGGGCCGGCACCGGCGGCGCAGUGGCCGAGCCGCCAGGAAGCGGCAGGGAAAGUGUGACGGUGGCGGUGCGGCAGGCGGUGGAGGGUGUCCUGUCGCCGCUGACGGCGGCGGUGGAGGAGCUGCGGGCGUCGGUUGGUGGAGGGAGCGGGGAGAAGGCGCCCGCGUCCAUCCGCAUGCAGGCAGGCACGACAGUCUCUCCGCUCGUCUUGGCGAGCGCGCUGCGUGUAGUCGAGGAACUGCUCUGGCGCUGCGCCAGCCACGCGCCGCAGCGCGACGGUUGUGAACAAACAGCCGCGGACACGCCGCUUCUCGCCGCGGGGCGCUUCGCCGUGACCCGGGUGCUCAGCGCCCUGCAACAGUAUUUGGUGCUGCAGCAGCAACAGUCGAUGGAGUCGGCGGCGGGGUCAAUGGAAAAGGGCCCCUUCGCGGCCGAUGCGCUGCGCACGGCGGGGGUGCAGUGGGCGGUGCGGCGCCUGCUGUCGGUGGUGCGGCUGCAGCUGCGUCUGUUUCCGUCGAUGGAGCAUGCGGUGGGGGCGGCCCUCAACGCCUUUGGCGAGGGCAUGGAGGUAGAGGACCCCCUGCAGCUCAUGCGCGUGCGGCACGAGUGUGAGCUGGCGCUGCAGGAGAACGCGGACAACGCCGACGCCGCGGCGUGGGGGCUGGCGGAGGCGCCGUCCUCCGACGCCCGCGCCUCGCGACUGCGGGAGUGUGAGCAGGUUUUGGCGGCGCCGCGUGCGGAGGCGACGGCGCACGAAGACGACGCCGCCGCCGCCGACCUCGGCGACCUGGACGAGGCGACCCUCCUACAAGGCGGCGGCGGUGGCGGCAAGGAGGCGUUGCUGCAAAGCACCAUUGGCCCCGUCUCUGUGAACGCGCUGGUGGAGAUGGUGCUGCUGAGCGUGCGCCACAUGGACAUCAUGACGGAGCAGGCGAUUCAGGCACUCCACAUGCAGGGGCUGGAGCGGAUGCAGUACGACGCGGCCAAGCGGGCGCAGCGGGAGGAGAUCCUGCGGCAGCGGCGCAUUGAGCAGCAGGGCGUGGAGGGGAUUCCGGUCGGGCGGCUGCUGGAGCACCUCAAGGAGAGCACGGCCCUCUACGCAAAGGGCACCCAACUCCUUGAGAGCGAGUCGGCGCUGGCCGUGAUGCUGCGCGCGGCCUUCUUUUCGCUUCUCGACGCCUACGACGCCCUCUCGGAGGAGACGGAGAGUCGCGUGCUCGAGGCGCAGGCCCUCAUCGCCCGGGCACUGGCGCAGCUCCCGCCGUCGAUGAUAGACGCCGCCGUGGACGCGGUGUGCGUGCGCCUCCGCAAUGACUUUCGCCGCUGCGCCCACGAGAAGGCGACCGCGCUGCCGCCCACCUCGGCCUACCAGCUUGCCAUGCAGGUGCUGUUUACGCUCUUCUCCGCGCAGGCACCCGUGCGGGAGCGGGGGACCUCCGCCUUUGCGUUCCUGGGAACCACAAACACCGGCGCGGAGGCGGAGUUGCAGCUGCAGCUGCAGGGUUCGUCGCUGGAGCUGCGGUCGCACGCGGCCUUUACGAUUGACACCGACAACCCCGUGGAGUGGCUGCAGGCGGCGGCGCCGGACACGGCAGCUGGCGGCGGUGCCGUGUCCGGCGGCGGGUUGAGUUCCCGCAAGCGCCCCCGCGACGAGGAGGAGACGCUGCACGCGGGCGGGGAUGCGGACGGCGAUGCUGCGGCCGGCGUGUCCGUUUUCUUCCGUGAGGACACGACGCAGUCGCCGUGCAUGUACAGCUACUUCCUCUGUCGCGUGCUGGAGCUGGUGACGGAGACCGGGCUGCCGGCGCUGCUGCUUGACGCCCUGCUGCAGUGCCCCUGCAUCACCCGCUACGUCUGGCACUACAUCCACAAAGCACUACUGCCUUUCCACCGAAAAGGCGCGGUGCCUGCUGGGGAUGUGGCUACUGAAGAGCCUCGCCCUCAGGCGCGCGGUGUACCGGCGCUACGCCGUGAACAGCCUCCUGCACCUGGCCGCCGCACGCCACGAGUACCCGCGACGACUCGCCGUGACGAAACUCGGCGAGCUGCUCUCCGCCCGCGGCGCGGACGGUCGUCGCGUCAUUGA